AUGGCGGCGAUGGGGCAGGAGGGGGACGACGUCGACCACUACGAGGUGCUCUGCCUGCCGUCCGGCGAGGAAGGCGCGGCGCUGAGCGUCGAGCAGAUCGAGAAGGCCUACCGGACGCAGUCGCGGCUCCGGCACCCCGACAAGCGCCCCGACGACCCCAACGCCACCGCUGACUUCCAGAGCCUCGCCAGCUCAUACAAGUUCCUCCGGGACGAGUCCCUCCGCUGUCAGUUUGACGUCCGCCUCCGUGGCCGCCGCGAGGCCGCAGCCCGCGCCGCGGCCACCGGGGUCAAGCGGCGGAAGGCCGUGUCCGACCUAGAGGAGCGCGAGCGCGCCUUCGCCGCCGGCGGAGGCCCCGCCGUCGACCCCGUCGAGCUGGCCAGGCGAGAGGAUAAGCGGAAGGCUGCCGACGUCAAGCGCGAACUCGACGAGUUCUUCGCUGCCAAGAAGUCAGGCGUCUCUGGCUCUGCUUCGACUCCGGCACAUGGAGAUAAGAAGGGUGCAACUCCAGAGAACGGACCAAAAACGGACAAGGGUAAGAUCUUGAAGGUUUCUUGGGAAGGGGGUGCAGAUUACUACACUGCAGCAAAGCUUGAUGAGAUAUUUAAGCAAUUCGGCACGGUUGAAGACAUUGUGAUCAAGACUAGGAAAUCAAAGAGCAAGGGUUCAGCAAUUGUUGUCAUGGCUUCCAAGGAGGCGGCACAAACUGCACUGAAGAACCAUUCUGUGUACAAUGUUUUCCCUGUCCCAUUGAUUGUUGCUUCUGUUCAAGAAUCGGGAGGGCUACCGGCAAGGUCAACUCAAACACCUGAACCGAGGACAAGCAACAUUGAUGGAACCGGGUUCAGCGAUUUGGAAGCAUCGGUAUUCCGAAAACUUCAAGAGGCCCAGAAAAGGAAGAAAUCUGGAUAA